AUCAACAGUCAGGAAGUUGCAUUGACGAAGUGAGAGAAAAUUUCCGAUGGAUUUUUGAACGACCUGUUGAAUAUUUGAGUAUCAAUGAGGAAACAGGAAAGAAAGUUGCUAAAAUGACUAGUGAAUUGAAGCAAACAUUGAGUCAGUCACUGUCAUCAAAAUCAUGGCCCAAUAAAAAGGACAGAAGUAGAGCAAUUGAAUCGGUUAUGAACAUUCAAUUUACUUCAGAAAACCUAAAUAAGUUCCAUGUGUUUAUCGAAUAUGAGUUACCAAUUGAAAAUGAAUUGUCUAAGGACAACUACUUCAUGAAUGUUUACCAUUCUCAUAAGGCCAACUACAUUCAAUCAAUGCGUAAACUCGCAUUGAUAAGCGACUAUGGUGCAAUAGAGAAGCCUGCAGUUGUGCAAUACCCUGAAAUUUAUUUGGCUGCUGUGUUAUUGCACCCAUCAUUUCUGAAUGCAUCACAUUCAGUAUCUGAAGAAUAUGGAAUUCUCGGUUGGCUUAUUGGUCGUCACCUAAUAUCUAACGUUUUUAGUGAUGGUCAGUUAGAUGCUAGGUUAACAUGUGAGCCAGGAAAUCCAUCAUCGAUCGAAAAUCAAAUGUGCUGUUUAUCAAGACGAGAUGACAAUCGAACGGAUGAUAAGCAAAUUUUGCAACAACUGGCAGCUAAUAUCAAUGGUCUUAUGUUAUCAUUUUCAGCAUACAAGAAAGAUAUCAUGAAGAAUUCUGAUGAUAGUUUGGAUGAACAGAAAUCGUUUUUUGAAGCAAUCGCUAGAUUUGAAUGAAAUUCUGAAACAUAGUGAGGAAUUUUCGAAAACAUAUCAAUGUCCUCGUGGUUCGGAAAUGAAUCCUGUGGAUAAAUGUAUUCUUUAAAGAAACACAGCGACCAUCGAUGCGUGUCUGUGUGUGUGUGUGUUUGUAUGUUUGUCUGACAACAUUUAUUUAUACAUGUCCAUGAUUUUGUAAACUGUAACUGUUGUAGUGUAGUUCUGCACUUAUUUUCUAACAAUAAACAUUUCUAAUGUGACCAGUGGAGUUGAGUAUUUUUUUUAUUGUUACAUUCGGAUGGAUUGAUUCAAACAAGUCAGCUGAUUGUAUGACAAUAUCUUCC